AUGGAUUGUAUGAGUACUUAUGUGAGAUAUGGGAGAGGAUCUGUUGUAGAUGUGUGUCAUAUGUUCAUAGCAAUCCAGUUGCAUAGCAUUGGGGCUAGGAUAUUGCAUCAGGCAUUGGUGUGGGUCUCCGAUCAGAGCCGAAAUGGGUGGUUGAUAGAGACAAAGGAGAGAAGGUUGAAGACGAGAAGCUUGGGUAGGAGUAACAAUCAAUUCCUUCUUGAUCUGCUGAAGGACUUCAUUGCUAAGUAUGAAGAUAUUAGAGAUGCUAAGGCCCUUUCCUGGAAGCAGAAGUCAAAAGAUAGAUGGCUUAGUGAUGAAGAUAGAAAUACAAUUGAUGGUAUGAGGAGAAUUGCUAAGGAGUUUUUCCAGAAUUUAUUUGUUGCUGCUCCCUAUCAUGAUUUAAGAAUCAUUAUCCCUCAUUUGUUCCCUGAUACCACUUCUGAUGAUAUCCAUAUGAUGAGUAUACCUAUAAUAGAGCAAUAUAUUCAUGAUGCUUUGUUCAAGAUUAGAAAACUCAAAGCUCCAAGUGUGGAUGGCUUCCCUGCUCUCUUUUAUCAACAACAUUGGAAAUUAUGUGCUCCUGAGAUCAUUUCCACUGUUACUAAUCUCUUCAGCUCAGGUAACGUUCCCUCUAGCUUAAAUCACACUCUUAUUACUCUAGUUCCUAAAGUUUCAGCUCCUCAUGAUAUGCAUCUGUUUAGGCAUAUUAGCUUAUGCUGCACUGUUUACAAAAUUAUUUCUAAAAUAAUUGUGGAUAGAGUGAGGCCAAUGCUUAAAAAAUGGAUUAGUCCAAACCAUGCAAGUUUUGUCACAAGGAGACAAAUUUCAGAUAACAUCAUGAUUGCCCAAGAGAUUUUGCAUAAAUGCAAGACAUCUCAAGGAAAAAAAGGUUUUAUGGCUUGGAAAGUUGAUAUAUCUAAAGGUUAUGAUAAAAUUAGUUGGAGUUUUAUUGAACAAGUGUUGUAUGAGGUCAAAAUUCCUACCAAUCUUGUGAAGAUUAUUAUGAGUUGUGUGACUACUGCUAGUUAUCAGGUCAUUAUUAAUGGAGAGCUCUCUGAUUCUUUUAUUGGAAGUAGAGGCAUUAGGAAUGGUGAUCCUUUAUCCCCUCACCUAUUUGUUCUUUGCAUGGAAAAAUUGUCACAUGUGAUUCAUUCGGCUCAAACCCUUGUUAUGAAGAAAUGUAUGGAUCUCUUAUGCAAUUUAUCAGAUCAAUCUAUUAGUUUUGAGAAAUCUAUGCUCUACUGCUCUCCUAAUGUCAGCUAUGCUCUUGCUAAGGAUAUCAGUGUCAUUUGUGGAAUGCCUCUAAUUCACUCAAGAGUGAAUGCUUCUACUUAUGUUGGGCUGGUUGAUAAGGUGCAAUCUAGACUAGCUAGUUGGAAAUGCAAAUCUUUGAAUAUGGCAGGCAGACUUACUCUAAUUCAAGCUAUUACGUCCUCUACACCGAAACCUCCCCAAACAACCCCAAUUUUGGUGAAAUCAGAGUUGUUGCAGAGGGACUCCGACGAAGAGCUCCGGCGGCCGAUUCGAGCUCGAAAACCGUCUUAUUUGGGAAACUUUAGAGUAGUAGAAGCCGUUCUAGGGGCAGCAGCAGCUCGGUUGGAGGUCGAGGACUCCGACGCUGCACUUCUCUCUUUUCUGGGAUUCAUUGAGUUGAUCAGAGGUUGUUUAGAAGGCCGGAAGUAUGAUCGGAGAGAUAAUGGUGAAAUUUGGGAUUUUUACCGUUUUACUUUUACCUAUUUACUAAUUGAUGUUAUGAGGAUCUUUCGGAGACUUGGAGUAGCAGCAGGAGCUGUACAUUGGAUUCUGAUAUCGGCUGAGAUUCUGCACAUCAUUCCAGGUAGGGAGCCUAACCCUUCUAUGUUUUGUGAUUCUUCUGAUAAAAUCAUUUGGAGAGGAACUACUUUUGGGAUUUUUUUUUUUGUGAAAUCUGCUUACCAAGUCAUGUGUGAGGAUAGAAACUUUCAAAAGUAUCCCUGGUUGAAGAUUUUGUCUCUAAAUAUUCCUCCUAAGCUUAAGAUCUUCUUGUGGACCUUUGUUUCAAGUAAGAUUCUUACUAAUGUCCAAAGAUUCAAGAGGAAGCUCACUGGGAACCCUUCUUGUAUUCAUUGCAAUGAUAUUCUUGAAACUAUGAUUCACUUAUUCCGUGAUUGUCCUAAAGCUAUGCUGGUUUGGAAGUCUUUCAAUAUCUCCACCAACAUGUUAUCUACUUUUUCUUUGAAUUGGGAAGAUUGGUUGUAUGCUAACUUGAUGCAGAACGAUUGUCAUAUCAAUAACUUGAACUGGAAUGUCUUCUUUGUAUUUUGCCGCUGA